CUGUGAUUACGUGUUAUGCCUAACUAAUUCCCUCAAACUAUACAGUUUCCCCGGAAAUACAAAAGAACCAAAAGCACCACCUUUCUUCUCACACUAAUUUACAUAUUCUAGUUGGUUUUCCAUGAAACUCCCACCAAAGAAACCUCGUUUUUUCAAACCUAUUUUGCCAGGUUUCAAACAUGGUCUUAAAAUACCUAUAGGUUUCUUGAAGUAUUUGAAGGGGCAGGAACAUGUUACAUGUGCUGUACUGAAAAGGGAUGGUAAGAAAUGGAGGGUUCAGGUGAAUGGCCGGAAACUGGAAGAGGGUAAUUGGGGGAAAUUUGUAGAGGAGUUUGAUUUGCAAGUGGGAAAUCUAUUGGUGUUUAGUCAUGAAGGAAAUAUGGAAUUUGAAAUUUCAAUUUUUGAUUCGAGUCAAUGUAGUAGAGCAGAAUAUACGCAAGAAGACGUGGUCGAGGAUGAGGUGGAGGUGGACGAGGAGGAAGAAGAAGAGGAGGAGUACGAGGUGGAAGAGGAGGAGGACGAGUACGAGGUGGAGGAAGAGUAGGAGAACGAGUACGAGGAGGAUGAGGAUGAGGACGAGGAGGAGGAAGCAAAAGAAGUUGCUAUAGAUGACAAUUCUUGUGAAAGAUUUCAUUUUGAAUGCACCAUUGGAAAAUUUUGCCUUUUCAGAAGCGCCUUGGUAUGCCUCAAAAGUUUUUUUUUUUUUUCACGCGGAACUCUUCAUGAAUCUUAGCUCCCAUUUGACUGUAGAUUUUGAAUUUGAAACUUCAAACAUGAAACUUGAAAACUUGACUUUUGAAGCUGUGAUUGAAUAUGUAUUUUAGAUGGAAAUUGAAGUUUUGUGAGUGAAGUUCCAAAAACCCCAAUAUCUUUUUUGUGUAAACAAUGUAUUUGUGUUAAGAAAUUCAUUGUACGAAUAUUAAAUUUAGAACCCGCUUAUCAGCUCUUGAAAUAGUCGUUCUAAAAUCCAAAAUCCAUAGAGUUGCAAUCGUAUCUCUACAUCUGUCUCUACCACUGGGCUAAAGGAAGCAUUGUGCAAUAUUUAUUUUCUUUGUUAAUUGGUGUUAUAUAUUCAGUGAAUAUUUUGAAGAAUACAAUGAACUAU